AUGAGCUCUGCAGAGACCCAGGCACGUCAGCCAGACGUUGUGAUUGAGGCCGAUGACGUUGACUCUGCUCUUGGGGAUGACCUGUCCGUCUACACCCGCUCUCUCAGAUCAAGCCUAUUCCAAGGCGUACAGGAAAAUGGCAGGGCCUAUCACAGGUACAAAGAUGGCUCCUACAUCCUCCCCGAGGACGACCUCGAGCAGGAACGCCUAGACCUACAGCACGAGCUAUUUUUGGGUGCGUUUGGUCGAAAACUCUUUCUUGCCCCUAUUCAACGGCCGAUGCAGGAAGUCCUCGACCUAGGGACAGGCACCGGCAUUUGGGCAAUCGGAUUUGCCGACCAGCAUCCCGAAUCCAAUGUCCUGGGCAUCGAUCUCAGUCCAAUUCAGCCGCACACCGUCCCUCCGAAUUGCAAAUUUGAGGUUGACGAUUUUGAUACCCGGUGGACCUUCAACAGAAAGUUUGAUCUUAUCCAUGGCAGAAUGCUCCUGACUUCGUGCUCUGAUUUUCCAAGGCUGUUCCGCCACGCCUUCAAUGCUCUGCAGCCUGGUGGGUGGUUUGAGAUGCAGGAUCUCUACAUGCCGUUGCUAUGUGACGAUGGCACACUGGAAGGGACAGCCUACGGGGAGUGGAAUGACAGGUAUAUAGAAGCUUGUGUGGGCCUUAGAAGGGAUCCCUCCUGGACUGCGAAGUACAAGGAUUGGAUGGUUGAGGCUGGAUUUGCAGGGGUUAGGCAGGAGAUUUUCAGGUGGCCCGUCAACCCUUGGCCCAAGAACAAGGCUCUGAAGGAAAUAGGCAUCUGGAAUAUGAUCAACAUGCUCGAAGGGCUGGAUGGUUUCACAGUUCGACUCUGGGCCACAGCGUUCGGUAUGACGGCCGAGGAAAUCCGAGUAUUCCUUGUGCAGGUACGAAAAGAUUUGCGAGACACCAGGAUUCACUCGUACUGGCCCAUGUGA